GAGGAGACCGGGAGGCUGCGGCGGCAUAUGGGGCAUUUAUAGGAGCCAGCGUGUGUUUCUGUUGAUUUGUUUUGUUGGAUAUGUUGUUGAUUUAAUAUUCCACGUAGUGUCACGGAAUGCAACGGUUGUUUUCGAGAAGAGCCGUUGUUGCGGAGCAAGCCGCCGUUGAUCACCGCUACGUACAAGGACACUGCUCCUUUAGUGAAGCCCUCGUGAUUGGAUGAAGAGAGAACCACUGACUACCAGUAUGGACGCGCUACAUGCUGGAGUUUCCCACAGUCCUUAGUUCUCUGAUCUGCAGCUGAGACUACUGAACCCUGAACCGUGACCAGCGCAGGUCUAUGACUGACCUCCUGACAGGUGAUCUGUCUUGUGCCGCGAUGAUGUCAGUAGACGUGACCAAUCGUAACAGCCCUGCUGCCACGCCUCCCACUUCCCUCAGCCUCCGCUCGUCACACAACCAGCUGCUGAGCAGUGAUGUCAUCAACCAAGGCUCUGCCACGCCACCCAAGUGUCGCAAAAAGUACGCACUUACCAAUAUACAGAGUGCCAUGGGCCUUGGCGAAGCAGUGCCCUCUUCAUCUUCCCCGUCAUCCCCCUCACAGCCCUUAACCCCUAACAAUCCCAAACUUGCCAAGAACGGAGUGAACCAGCUUCGUAAAGCCGGUCAGGAUCACAACAAAAACACAACCGGCCCUGACUUGGUGGAUCCAGAGUCUGAAACUACAGCUGAUGACCUCAAUGUCAACACAGCUGAGGAAGAUGACAGCCACGCUCUCACCAACAAUGACAGGGAGGAAGACGUCAUUAAGAGAGACUUUGAACUUCACUCGGACGACAGCAGUGAUGCAGACCCCGAGCCGAAAACUGAAUCAGACAUUGACUGUAACAUUAACACAAGCGUGCAGAUCAAACUGAACGGCAACUCCACAGAUUUGGACUUUGACUUGAACAUUGAGACAGAGGAGAGCGACGACAUCAGCAUUCUGUCUGAAAAGGAAAUGAUGUCGAAGAUGAAGAUCGAGGAAGAUGGAGAUGAGGCGGUAGAGGAGGAGCAGGAGAACGAGGAGAAUAAACCUUUACUGAUGAUAAAAAGUGAGUCUCCUGUGAUGAACCACAACGUUUCUUCAAGCCUGGAGCUCAUCUCUGACCUCCACUCCAACCUCAAGCUCCUCAAAUCAGGCCAGGACGCUCCGGUGCCUCCCCCUCCCUCCCCACCGAAGCAGGCCAGCCCAGAGGACACACCCCUGCUUUCUGUGGCCUCCUGCUCCUCCUCUUCCUCCUCCUCUCCAGAGACCAAGAAGGACAGAAGGACCGGGGCAAAGACAGACUGUGCUUUGAACCGCAUUCAGAAUCUGAACCCCAGUGACGAAGAGUUGAGUUGGACCACACUGUCCCAGGAGAGCAACUCCCCCGAAGAGACAGAUAUCUGGAGUGAGCAGUCAUUCCAGACAGACCCUGACCUGCCUCCAGGAUGGAAGAAGAUCACAGACAUGGCCGGUAUCUACUACUGGCACAUUCCUACAGGCACCACCCAGUGGGAGAGGCCGGCCACACGCCCUGCACCCCCCGGAGAGACAGAGCCCCUGGCCCUGGGCGACCACACAGCCUCCACACCACGUAAACACUCCCUGGGCUCACUCAGCCCCUCACCUACUCCUGACCACGAGUCGAGCCAGGCGGAGAUCUUCUUCAGGGGGUCGACUCGCUCAAGCACCACCUCUGACAGCUCCGUGGAGCCUCUCUCCACCCAAGAGCCCACCGUCACCACAUGUGGAUUUGUCAACAGCUGUUACUUUCCUCGUUCCACUUCUCUACAGGGGAUGCCUGAUCCAGAGCUGCGCUCUCAGCAUCUCGAAGAUGAAGACAAGAAACAGGUGUGGAGUGAAUUUGGCGGAAAGAUUGAUAGUGAAGUGUGGAAGGACCUGCAAGCAGCCACGGUGAACCCUGACCCCAGCCUGAAGGAGUUCGAGGGUGCUACGCUUCGCUACGCAUCACUAAAGCUAAGGAACCGUCCGUCAGUGGAAGACGAGGAGUCCUGCAGGAUCAACAGGAUCAACUCAGAAACAAAGUGCUUUGCAGUGCGAUCUCUGGGGUGGGUUGAAAUGGCCGAAGAGGACUUGGCUCCUGGAAAGAGCAGUGUUGCCGUUAACAACUGCAUCCGACAGCUGUCCUACUGCAAGAAUGACAUCCGAGACACCGUCGGCAUCUGGGGAGAGGGGAAGGACAUGUACCUGCUGCUGGAGAACAAUAUGUUAAACCUGGUCGACCCCAUGGACCGCAGUGUGCUUCACUCUCAGCCAAUCGCAAGUAUCCGGGUCUGGGGCGUUGGCCGGGACAAUGGCAGGGACUUUGCAUAUGUUGCGCGGGAUAAAAACACCAGGAUCCUGAAAUGUCAUGUGUUCCGCUGUGACACGCCAGCCAAAGCCAUCGCCACCAGCCUGCAUGAGAUCUGCUCCCGGAUAAUGACAGAGCGAAAGAAUGCCAAAGCGAUGGCAGGCUCUCUCCAGGACAGGAUGCAGGCAGGACUAGAUCUCCCCUUACAAGCAGAGUUCCCCACACCAAAGACGGAGCUGGUUCAGAAGUUCCAGGUGCUCUACCUUGGGAUGCUGCCUGUGGCCAGACCAAUAGGCUCUGCUCCAGGCAUGGACAUACUGAACGGAGCUAUAGACAGCCUGAUGGGUUCUUCAAACAGAGAGGACUGGACCCCGGUAGACCUCAAUGUAGCAGAUGCUACUGUCACCAUCAGCAAAGAGAAGGACGAAGGGGAAGUGCUGGUGGAGUGUCGUGUUCGUUUCCUGUCUUUCAUGGGCGUCGGGCGGAACGUGCACACGUUUGCCUUCGUCAUGGAUGCUGGCGGCCAUCGCUUCGACUGUCACGUCUUCUGGUGUGAGCCCAACGCUGGACACGUGUCAGAGGCCGUACAGGCCGCUUGUAUGCUGCGGUAUCAGAAGUGUUUGGUGGCUCGCCCCCCCUCCCAGAGGGCAUGUGGCUCAUCGCCCCCCGGAGACUCGGUAUCCCGUCGGGUCUCGACCAGUGUGAAGCGAGGCGUCCUGUCUCUCAUCGACACCCUCAAACAAAAGAGACCCGUCACAGAGUUGCCGCAGUAACCAACUAUUAAGCGCUACCGACUCCCUACCACAACCCCCAGUCACCAUGGUAAUUAGUCGCAUUGCUGCCAAAUACCUGUCGCCACCAGUCCCCUGUAACCAUGGAAACGCAUAAACCCAAGGGUUUGGGGAAACCCUGUCACCAUUCCUUCACUUCUUCAUACUCAAAAAGGGAUUUCACCUCAAGAGUUUCUCAAGCUCUUGUGAGGAAAUUCAUCUGUUUGCUUAUAAAAAAGGAGAUUAACAAAGACUUAUCGAGAAGGAACAACUACAGAGAAACACCCCAGUGGAGAUCUUUGGCGGUGAUUGUGUACAUAGGAGUGACUCUCAUCCCCCUCGGCACAGAGAAUAGAGGAGCAAGAACUGAAGAAGUAGGAAGUGCUCCUUCCAACUCAGCACGUGUGAUGCUGCUGAUCUCUCCAUGCUCUAACUGCAUCUGUGUCUGUGCAGCCAGCAUGACCUUGCACACCUGACCACCCUCCCAUCAUUCACCUGGUUGUCCUGUUAGUCUUUAGUGGCGUUUCCCCCUCUGUCCCUCUUCCUCAUUGUUCUCUGUAGACUGAAAUGGAAAGAGACUCCUGAAAGCCAUCGUGUCUGUUGUCAAAUGAACGAAAGAAAGAAGCAACUACAGACAGUGAGUCUACACGCUCUUACCUGUUCAACUAACCCUGCAUGAACUUUUUAUAGAAAAAAUAUCAAUACAUUGCUGCUGCUUACAGAAGGGGUGAUAAAAUCCGAAGCCACAUUGUUUUCCUGUCUCCUUCCUUUGUUCCUCGUCGACUGUGCAAGAAUCGGCCUGGAAGGUUGAACGAGUGGUGACCUUUCACCCGAACAAUCUUUUGCAUUCUUCUUGUUUACUUGUUUUUAUUAUUUCAAUAUCCCUUGGAAAACAACACACGAUAACCAUAAUGAAGGAAGAGACAGGACGGGCACAGUGUUCCUCCUCCACUGCUCUCUGCUGCUCCAAACACAGGAAAUACCGGCAUGCUGCUGCUGCUCCUAGAUACACAUGCUGGAGGAAAUUUGAUAGAUUAUUCCUUUAAAUCCCACCUUAGUUCUUGACAACUAAUAAAAAAAAAGGGGGUUGGCAACACAAGAAAGGCUUGAGGAAUCCUACAAAGAAGAGGACUGGAGGAAUGUGUUUUUGUACCUGGGUCUGGUGCCAGCCGAGAGGCGGAUUUCAUCUCCAGCUCGGCUGUUUUUGGAGAGGAAAGUCAACAGAGAGACAUGUUGACUCGGACUAACAGGACUCCUGGGCUGCUAUCUGUCUGUCUCCAGGGUUCUGUUCACUUGAAUGCGCCUGCUCUGUUUUCUCAUUGCAUAUUUCCUCACGGUUUUUCCCAUACAAAUCUCAAAUCAACACUGCUAGCUCCUUAUUAUUACAUAUCUGAAGAGCUUGGAUGUACGGUAAUAAGUCUGGAAAUUUAUUGCAAAUAAAAAAACACAUUAAGAUGUAGAUUAGAGGAUUAAAGCAGUGAGUGCCAUCCAUUUUCCAAUUGUAUCAUAUGAUGAGGGAAAAUGUACACAACACCACUUGUGAAAAUCUCUGAACAUUAGUUGGUCAAGAUAUUGCUGUCCUAGAAACCACACCUAGUAGUUCUCAUUUCUUUGAGGUGGGAUGAAGCAUUUCCCAGUGGCCCGCUGAUGCUUUUUGUAAGAGAAAGAAACUGUGGAGACACAUCUCAUUACUCAACAUCUAUAAUUGACCAUCUGCAAAACCCCUCUUUUUUUCGUAAACAGCAUGAUGUGAGGAAGUGAAUGGCAACAGUAUCUAAAAUGGGACAUCUGUAAUGUGUCUCCCUUUCUUGCACCAGGAUUUUGAGCGCCAUGGUUAACAUACAUAUGCUGUAGGAAGCAGGAGUGUAAUUGAGAUUGUGAUGAGGAAACACAGCCACUUAUUUUGUCACAAGGAUGUUGAAAUGUGAAUGAGAUGACAAAAUGUGCGUGUACAUAAUAUCAGUUUAAUGUCGGCAUUAAUCAUUGUUAUAAGCUAUCUUUUUUUCUUUUUCUUUUAAUGAAAUGCCUUUUUUUGAGAGCUCACCAAAUGGCCAAAGUGUAAAAUACUGAUAUACAUUGUUGUAGAUAAGAAAAUUACAAGAGCAAAUAAUGAAACGAGGAGAGGCGAUUGGACAUUUUCACAGCUGUCAAUUACGUUGAUACUGAAUUUAACUGAGCAAUUAUCUAUGCAUUCUUUUGAUCUCGAGAAAUGGAAAGUUGUGAAAAGCCUUGCAUGCCCUUGGACAGUUGAAAGAACGACUGUAUGUACUGAACAGAAAUAUUUUUUAUUUUAUUUAUUCUAUUUUAUAAAGGUAUAUACUGAUUUUAUUAGUUGGGGCGAGUAAAGUGUCAUCGUCUCAGUCCCUGGUUAAAUCACAAUCACACAGCUUUGCAGAAAAACAAAUAUAUCUUCACCUUGUACAGCAAACUGAGAGCUGGGAGUGAUGGUGAUGAUGAUGGUGAUGAUGAUGAUGAUGAUGAUGAUGAUGAUGAUGGUAGUAACAUAUGUGCACUCCCAGUGUCUCUGUCAAGCUCACACACAUGAACAAAAACAGACACACACCUUUCCCACAGAUGGAUGUGUUGCUUCCUUUGCUGCUCACUGAUUUGUACACUUUAUCGAUGUAAUCAGUUGUGAGAAUAAACAGCAUUAUAAAACAGAA